GUGCUUUCCCAUACACACCUCACACAUCAUGGCGUCCCUACGAUCCGCAGCAGUCUUGCGCGCUGCAGCGCUCCGACCAGCUCUCUCACACCGCGUGCCGACUCUCGCAAGAUUUCAGAGCAGCGAUGCCGUUGCGCCGAACCAGCAAUCGCGAGACAACAGACCAGAGUCAACAGAUGCUGCUCCAGCAGCGCGGGCAUCGACGUCGAGCGUGACGAUCCGACAAGAGGGAGCCUCGGAGGGACAGCCAAGGCAUAACCCAGACUGGACUGUGGCGGCAGAUUACAGGACAUCCAACUUCUCCCCUGUGCCCAUGCGUGUCAUGGACGGCAGCGAGCCCGGUCUCACCACUCCGGCUGCCGUGCUGUCUGGCGCUCCCAUUGAGCUCCAAGCUCGCACAGUCCGCAUCUACAAACCUGCCAAAACCGCCACGCAAUCUGGUGACUGGACUUCGCACCAAUGGCGUAUGGACUGGGAUCCUCUCAGCAAAGGCCAUCGAUGGGAGAACCCUCUCAUGGGUUGGCAAUCGUCUUCCGAUUUCAUGCAGGGCACACAUUUGAACUUCAAUAGCAAGGAAGACGCCAUAAACUUUGCCAACAAGCAAGGAUAUGAGUACUUUGUGCAGGAACCUAACGUGAGGAAAAUUGUCCCGAAGGCUUAUGCAGAUCAGUUCAUUCACAGUCCGAAGAAGCUGAAGCAAGUGAGGACAAAGUAAGAUGAAGUCCUGAGAGAAGGAGCUGGUUAUGCUCCAGCAGGUCUGUAUAUAUCCUGUGGUAUUGAGCACGAGUUCACAACCGAUCAGACCUCGCGAUCCCUUAUCUAACAGGUUCAGCCAAAGUAUUGCAUUACCCGCCAUCAGAUAAUGAGUGCACAGCUAGGAUAUGCUCUCACAGACCAGUCCUUAGCCAAGAUACUGCAGUCAAGUGUAAGAUGCAGCCUACAUAGUACCAUCAACAUCAUGAUUC